UGCAGUUCAAAGCGCACGAGCCUGAUCAGGAUUUAACUGGCGGACCACAGAGGAGCUCUGAGCUGUUUUUACUCCACAGAGCUAAGAGGAAAGCUCCCAGCAGCUGGUUUUGUUUUGUCUUUGGAGUUCACGGAUCCGCGUGCAGAAGCGCUCCGAUCCAGGGAGGUCUCAGCGUUGCCACGCUCCAAAUCAGAUUUACGCACGCGACUCUGGUGCAGCAGAGAAUCCGUUUUAAGCAAAUAAAACCGCAACUCUGUUGAUGCUUUUUGCAUAAAGAGACUCUGGCUUAUUAAAAGUCAGUUUUGUUUUGUUUUUUCCUCUCGCGUGAAGAAAAGCAACUGUUCCAUUUUCACGCGUAAUUUGGCACCAAUCCGUUUCUCGUAUGAAUCUCCUCGACCCCUACCUGAAGAUGACGGAGGAACAAGACAAGUGUCUCUCUGACGCCCCGAGCCCGAGCAUGUCCGAGGACUCCGCGGGCUCCCCGUGUCCGUCCGGUUCGGGUUCCGACACCGAGAACACCAGACCGUCGGAGAACGGGCUGCACCGAAUGGACGGCGAAUUCAAGAAAGAAGAGGACGACAAGUUCCCCGCGUGCAUCCGAGAGGCCGUGUCUCAGGUUCUGAAGGGCUACGACUGGACCCUGGUGCCCAUGCCGGUGCGCGUUAACGGAUCUUCUAAGAACAAGCCUCACGUGAAGAGACCGAUGAACGCCUUCAUGGUGUGGGCACAGGCGGCGCGGAGGAAGCUCGCAGAUCAGUACCCGCACCUCCACAACGCGGAGCUCAGCAAGACUCUGGGCAAACUCUGGAGACUUCUGAACGAAGGAGAGAAGCGGCCUUUCGUGGAGGAGGCUGAGCGCCUCCGGGUCCAGCACAAGAAGGACCACCCGGACUACAAGUACCAGCCGAGGCGCAGGAAGUCGGUGAAGAACGGCCAGAGCGAGUCGGAGGACGGCAGUGAGCAGACGCACAUCUCCACCAACGCCAUCUUCAAAGCGCUGCAGCAGGCGGACUCUCCGGCCUCCAGCAUGGGAGAGGUGCACUCUCCUGGGGAGCACUCAGGUUCACCCCCCACCCCUCCCACCACCCCAAAAACUGACAGCUCAACUAAGAUGGACCUGAAUCGGGAGGUGGGCCCCCGCCCCAUGCCCGACGGCACCACCGGACGUCAGCUCAACAUCGACUUCCGUGACGUGGACAUUGGUGAGCUGAGCAGCGACGUCAUCUCCCACAUUGAGACCUUCGACGUGAAUGAGUUUGACCAGUACCUCCCGCCCAAUGGCCACCCUGUCCCCACCGGCGGCGCCGCCCCUGUCACCUACACGGGCAGCUACAGCAUCAGCGGCGCUCCGCUCAGCCCGCAGGCGGGAGGAGGCUCGGCCUGGCUGGCUAAGAGCCAGAACCAGCAGGGACAGCAGCAGCACACCCUGACCACCUUGGGGAGCAGUGUCGGGGGCUCCGAGGUGACUCCGGCGCAGCACCGGACCCAGAUCAAGACGGAGCAGCUGAGCCCGAGCCACUACACCGAGCAGCAGGGCUCCCCGCAGCAUGUGGCCUUCAGCCCCUUCAACCUGCAGCACUACAGCCCCUCCUCCUCCUCCUCCUACCCGACCAUCUCUCGGGCACAGCAGUACGACUACCCCGAACACCAAGUCGGGGGUUACUACAGCCAUGCAGGGGCGGGGCAGGGAUCUGGGUUGUACUCGACUUUCAGCUACGUGAGCCCCCCGAGCCAGAGGCCCAUGUACACGCCCAUCGCAGACAACACGGGGGUGCCGUCCAUCCCGCAGAGCAGCUCGCAGCACUGGGAGCCGGCGCCAGUCUACACCCAGCUCACCCGACCCUGAGCCACCCCCGACCACCUCCCCUCCCACCCCAACAGGAACCAGACACUUGAAUGAACUUCCAAUCGGCUCACAGAGUGCCUUCAGUAGAAGCUUCUUAUAUUUUUAGAGGAAAGACUAAAGAAAAUCCUCUGUGAGGAUUUAUUGAUUGUUAAUAUUUCUGUAGUUCACGUUUCUUCCUGCUUCAGUUGUGCUUUUAACCCACAGGGUCGGGGGAGGGGUGGGCCCUAUAGAUAAAACCAAAUAUAAAAGCUUUAAAUGCUGGUGAAACCUGAAGAUCAGAGCAGCUGUCACCAUGCUGCGCCAUCCGUGCCUUCGUUUUUGUAAGAUGUUUGAAACUUUCUGGUUAUUUUUUUUGUUUUGUUUUGUUUUUUUUUACCGUGGCCACAGCUGAGAUUACACUUACCGCCCAACGGUGCAUGCUGGACAGCUACAGGAAGUCACCUUUAACCCUCCCACCCCCAGGUGUCCCCCUCCAGGCUCCUACUACUCCGGUUUCAGCUAGCCCCCUGCCCUUCCCCCUCCUCUCCUGCUCAGAUCACAUUUUAAUUUAUUUAUUUGUUAGUGUUAACUUUAUUUCAAAGAAUUAUUUUAUGUACUACUCUUACAGCCGAGUUGUAGACAGUGUAGAAAUCCUUCUUUUUUCUUAGUUUGGACCCAGAAUUUAGAGCAGAGAAUGCUGUAACCAUCUUUUUGUUGUUUAUUUAUCUUAUCUAAAAGUCUCCUUUCUGUAUGCAUUACAUUUAUGUAUGUUCUCUUCUGCGGGUCGAGAGCUAAGGAGGGGAAACUCGUGUUGUUUAAUAUUUGUGAAAUGGAUUUUAAUUUCCUCUAAAACUACAAAUGAAAUGUACGCGUAGACUUUUCUUCUGUUUGUCUCUGUUUCUGGACCGAUCCUCUGUUCCCCUCUCGAGCGUCUCCUGCCACCUCUCCAUGUAAUAGUCAUUAAAGAAUCUUUUGUACAUGUAUUUGCAAUAAAAAAAACAAAAGUGCAUUUAAA